AUGGGGUCUCUAUGUGAUCAAUCGGUUGUGGACAAUCAGUUUUGUGCUCCAGAUUGCCCGAAGAACAAAACGUGCAUAAAAUCCAAUGAUGGCACAUAUUCAUGUGAAGGUAAUGAAUGUGCACCGGACACUUGUAAAAACAAUGGCACUUGUAUUUCUGAAAAAGGAGACUUGAAGUGUGUUUGCUUAUCCGGUUUUACCGGAAAAGCAUGUGAAACUGAUGUGAACGAGUGCGAGCCCAAUAGAUGUUUGAAUGGUGGCUCAUGCGAAAACUCAUACGGCAGUUAUAAAUGUCACUGUGCUGAUGGUUUUGAUGGAAAAAAUUGCGAGAAUUCUCUUUCACUAGAUUGUGCUCCCAAUUACUGUAAUAACGGGGGUAGCUGUAACGUUGUUGGCGGAAAGUUUACCUGCGAAUGUCCGGACGGAUAUGAAGGAGAACAAUGUCAAACAUCUGUAGAAAAUCGCGAUUGCAUUUGUGAUAACCCAAAUCAUAUAUGCCAAAAAAUCAACGGAUCUCAAAUUUGUGAUUGUCCUGACCGUCUUACGGGUGACAAAUGUGAUGAAAAAGUGUCAAAGCCAUGCGACAUGGAGCCAUGCUUGAAUGGUGGGCAUUGCGUCGAUGAUGGAGCGAAUCUGUUUACAUGUUUCUGUUUGCCGCACUGGACUGGAGUUUACUGUGGGGAGCCUGUUGAAUGCUUAGUUAAUGGAAGAGAAUGCGAAAAUGGUGGAACUUGUGUAUGGUCACUGGCAAUGACAACAUGCGAAUGUCCUACUAAUUUUACCGGAGAUAAUUGCGAAAAACCAGUAUCUUUCAAAUCUCACCCAACUUGCAACGAUAUCAAAUGCCAAAAUGGCGGAAAAUGCUUGUUAGAUGUUUCCGGUGAGCCCUACUGUGAGUGCCCAAUGGAUUUUGAGCCGCCAUUUUGUGAGCCAAAAUCAGCAUGCAUGCUAAAUCCAUGCAAAAACGAUGGAACAUGUCAGGAUGUUGAUGGUCAGUUUUAUUGCCACUGUUCCCCAGGAUUUACCGGUUUACAAUGCGAAAGUCUAGCAGAAAUACCGACAGAGUCAAGCACAUCGUUUCCAACACUUUCCACUGGAUUCACUGAAUCCGUUUUCACAAAUAAAUCACUAACAUGCGAUGAAUGUGUCUACUCCACAAAAUGUGUUGAAUUGGAACAAACUGCGAUUUGCCUUUGUGAAGAAGGUUAUACGGGCAUGAAAUGUGAUAGAAAACAAUAUGAAUGCCUUUCUCUUCAAUGUUCUGGAAAUUAUGUUUGUCAAACAAACGGUAGCAAAAAUGCCACUUGUGUAUGCCCAAUUGGAACAUAUGGCGAAAACUGUGCGCAAGUAUCGUCGGCAACGUUUUCAUCAUCUAGUAUUUUCAUUCAUCACAGCAGUAAACUCUCUCUUGGAUCUUCAAAUGACGAAGAUUCCUCAUACUCGCUUGAAUUCUCGUUUCGAACAACCGUGGGCGAUACUCAUUUAGCGAGUAGUGAAAACAUACUUGGAGAGAAAAUUUUGUCAAUUUCACUUGUAUCUGGACGUCUUCAUAUCAAUACAACUAGUGAACUCCUCAAUAACAUUGUGCCAAUUGAUCUAAACGAUGCUCAUUGGUACACAUUGACGGUUCAUUGCGAAAAUGAUGAAAUGGAGAUUAAGCUUUUCAGCUCUGAUGGAACAUUAAUUUAUUCCAAAAAGAGUUUUUUCAAUUUUGAAGUUUUCCUUACGAGAUUUGGAAAGAUAUCAAAUUCCGACCAUUUCAUUGGUUGCCUUGCUGAUGUCCGUAUUGAUAAUGAACUUGUGAUUUUCACUGAAAGCAAAAAGGCUAUUGAUAUUCGCAAAGGAUGCUCUCGAAACGAACAAUGUUCGAGGGAUUAUUGCCAGAAUGGCGGCAUAUGUGUCGAUAAUUGGGAGAAUUCAAGUUGCAAAUGCGAGCCGCCGUAUUUGAAACCAAAUUGCGCGUUCGCUCUACCGGAAAUCACGUUCGGGCACACCGGCACGCCGUCCAUUGUGCGAUUAAGCACAAGUGAAUCGGAAGGACACCUGCUCCAUGACGAAAUCGCAUUGAGCUUCUUAAUGGCCACACGCAAAUCGGAUGCCUUCUUAUUUUACAUCGGAGAAAAACAAAACAAAGCAGAUGGUGCAACAAACUAUUGCACUGUUCAUUUGAGGGACGGAAAAAUUAUUGUAAAAGCGAGAAAUGGUGGUAGAAAAGAAAUACAGAUUUCUUCGAAAAAUCGCAUUGAUGAUAAUAAAGUUCAUUACGUUCAAAUCAUUCUGAAUCGUAAAAAGAGACAAAUUUUCUUGGACAAACUUCUCGAAUAUAGCGAAGAUUUUAAUAACCGUAUAUAUCAAGAAUUCAUUUCUGAGGAAAUCCUUAUAGGCUCAAUGAACUCCAGUGCUGAAGAUUACUUUAAAGGAUUCCUCCAAGAUAUUCAACUCAAUGGAAAAUCAAUAAUAAUUCAAAAAACAAACCAAGCUAUUGAUUCAAUUGGCUCGGUUGAAUCAACAUCAAAUAUAAUGAGAGGGGCUGUUUCUGAUCCAAUCUGUAGAGAUUCACUGUGCAAGAAUGGACAAUGUGUAGAGACAUUUAAUGAUUACUAUUGUGAAUGUUCGGAAGGAUUCACUGGAACCAACUGUGACAAAACUGAUUAUUGCUUAUCGGCUAAAUGUUUACCUGGUGGACAAUGCCAGAAUACUGAUACAAGUUAUUAUUGCUCGUAUCCGGUUACAAUAUCGGAAAAGAGUAAAAUUCGCUAUCAACUUGUUACGCCUAACGUGGAAGAAAUUUCGUUCGCAAUUCGAACACAUUCAGAGAAUGGAUAUAUUUUCACAUUUUCAAAUGGAAAUGAUGAGAUGAAAGUGAUGAUUGUUCGAAAAUAUCUUGUUGUUUUUAACAAAAGUGGAGCACAAUUCAACAAAACGAUUAGCGAUGGUAAAUGGCAUCAAAUCCAUAUCAGACCAUUCAAACUUACUAUUGAUGACCAAAGUUUCGUUUCUCAUACGGAAUUGAUCACUGUCAAAAAUGGUAACUCGACUCUCUUCGUUGGAGAUCAUUCAGAAGACUCCCUUCAUGCAUGUCUUGAUAACUUUAAAAUUGGAAACAUGCCAAGGCUUCCAUUUACUAAACAAUCAAACAAUCAUGCAAUUUUGAUGGAGAAGGAAAAUGUUGGUACUGGAUGCGUUUCUUCGGAACAAUGCGGAUUGUUUUCAACUUGCUUAAAUGGAGCUACUUGUGUCGACUUGUGGAAUAGGAGGAAAUGCAUAUGUGCGGAUGGUUUCACAGGAGAGAAUUGCGAAGUCAAUAUAAACGAAUGCAAGUACAUUGAUUGUGGAAAUCACGGUUAUUGCACUGAUGGAAUUGACGGCGCAACAUGUAAUUGUAAUGAAGGAUAUUCUGGAAGCUUUUGCGAAAUUUUAACUGACCCAUGUGAAGGAAUAAUUUGUCAUAAUGGUGGAAAAUGUGAGAAACAUAACGAAAAUGUUGCAUGCAAAUGUGAAGAUAACUGGAUGGGAGAAUUCUGUAAUGUAACGGCAACAACGAGAUGUGAAGAUUCGCCAUGUCGGAAUUCCGGAAAAUGCAUUCAAUCUAACGAUAAAAAUUUCAUUUGUGUAUGCGAGGAUGGAUUCAGUGGAACUCUUUGCGAGAAAAAACUAAAAAAUGAUUGUGAUCAUCAUGUUUGUAACAAUGGGCAUUGUGUCAUAACGAUCAGCGGUCCCGCUUGCCAAUGCGACUUUGGAUAUUCAGGAAGAUUUUGUGAAAAAUUGUUGAAUAGUUGCACUGCUAAAACAUGCAGCUCCCGAGGAUCAUGCACAUCGGUAUGGAAUGGCACAAUUUGCGAUUGUGAAAAGAAUUGGAGAGGUCCACAUUGUCAAUAUCCACCAAAUAUCUGCACAGAAUUCCCUUGUGAAAACGAUGGAGUCUGUUCUUUAAAUGAUGAUAACACGUUUAGGUGUCAUUGCCAAAAAUACUAUCUAGGUGAUAAAUGCGAACACGAAGGUAGUUGUUUGCGAGCAAAAUGUGUACACGGAGAAUGCAUUCAACAUACUCCAGAGAAACACACAUGUAGCUGCAAUGUUGGUUAUGAAGGAGACACUUGCAAUAAACGAAUUGAUUAUUGCAAAUCAUCCCCGUGUAUGAACAAUGGAUCUUGUGAAAACAUGCUAACCGGAUUCAAAUGUAACUGUCCCAUAGGAUUUGUAGGAGAAAACUGUCAAAUUGAUAUUGACGAAUGCGCUUUCGGAUUCUGUGGAAAUGGAGCAAAGUGUCGGGAUCGAGUUAAUGAUUACGAUUGUAUUUGCGAUGGAACUGGAUAUGAAGGAAAAAAUUGCACUAUCGACAUAAAUGAAUGUAGCGAUCCUAGAAAUUGCAUAAAUGGAGUUUGCACGAAUAUGCCUGGAAGCUACAAAUGUUCCUGCAAUUCAGGUUAUAUUGGAGAUAGAUGCUCGAUGGAAGAUCCAUGCCAGAAAUUUACGAACACGAAUAUCUCUGCAGCAAAAUGUGUUCAUGGAAAAUGUGUAAAUCCGUCCGUAAUUAUCACCAAUAAUAAAGAAGUUGCCAAAUACGAAUGUGUUUGUGAUCGUGGAUAUACUGGACCCGUUUGUUCAUCAAGGAUAAAGGAAAAAUCAAUGACAAAUAUUGGAUAUUUGUUUGGGCCAAUCGUUGCAAUUGGAAUAGUAUUAAUAAUUCUUGGUUGUCUAUUACUAAUAUUUGUAAUAAGAGGCAACAACGCAAUGCAUGGACAUUACAGUCCAAGUUCCCAUGAGUUUACGCAAAGUCGCAUGCCUAUGCCGACUGUAAUAAAAUUACCACCUCAAGAACGGCUCAUUUAA